CGAUUUGAUCGUUCCCCUUGUAUCCGCAAAUGGCGGCAGUGACACGUGUCUCCGUCCAUCUUCCCUUCUCGAACGUCAACCCCACCCGACGCCGCUCAGUGGCAGCGCUCCCCAGAAGGCCGCCCUUGGCGGAAACCGCUAACCGCUACAGAGGUUUUUCCAUCUUCGCCAUGGCUGCUCCGACGGUCUUGGUCACUGGAGCAGGCGGCCGAACUGGGCAACUUGUGUACAAGAAACUAAAGGAGAGAACUGAUCAGUUCGUGGCGAGGGGGCUGGUUAGAACAGAAGAGAGCAAGGAGAAAAUAGGGGGCGCAGAUGAUGUAUUUGUUGGAGACAUUAGGGACUCCAGCAGUAUUAUGCCAGCAAUUGAAGGCAUUGAUGCAUUGAUAAUUCUUACAAGUGCAGUGCCGAAGAUGAAGCCUGGCUUUGAUCCCACCAAGGGGGGGCGGCCAGAAUUCUACUUUGAGGAUGGGGCGUAUCCUGAACAGGUUGAUUGGUUGGGACAGAAAAAUCAGAUAGAUGCUGCCAAAAGUGUUGGAGUCAAGCAGAUUGUUUUGGUAGGAUCCAUGGGUGGAACAAACCCAAACCAUCCAUUAAACAGUCUGGGGAAUGGAAAUAUAUUGGUUUGGAAGCGUAAGGCUGAGGAGUAUUUGGCAAACUCAGGUGUACCAUACACAAUCAUAAGAGCUGGAGGCUUAUUGGACAAAGAAGGUGGUCACCGUGAGUUACUGGUUGGGAAAGAUGAUGAACUUCUUGCAACCGAAACAAAAACAGUUCCUAGGUCUGACGUAGCAGAGGUUUGCAUUCAGGCAUUGCAAUUUGCAGAGGCAAAGAACAAGGCCUUUGACCUGGCAUCAAAGCCAGAGGAAGCUGGUCCAGCGACAAAAGAUUUCAAAGCACUUUUCUCCCAAGUCACAGCAUCUUUUUGAUAGCUUGGCAAGGAGUCCAGCUCACUGUGCUUCACCAUUGAGCAGCCAUGCUUGCAUUCUUGGUAGUCUAUGGCUGUCGAACAUGUGGCAAAUAAACCAGAAGAGCAAAUACUAGAAAAAACAGAAUUUUUUGUAAUAUGAUCUUAGAAUGAGCUUUCUGCAGAAUAAGAGUUAAAAUUAGGGAUUGUCAGUUAUUACUGCCUCCUCUAUGGAUGUGCACAUCAUUUACAUGAUAUUUGUAUCACAUUUAUCUUCAUGUCUGUACUUCUAUUAUUAGGGGUUUGAGUGCAUCAAUGUUAUCUUGGUUCUUUGGUUUCGGAUA